AUGGCAGGGCCAAAUUUGCACUUUGUUAAGCUUCUAGGUCAAGGUUCCUUUGGUUCGGUGAGUCUCUAUCAACGCAUACGCUACGACGGCGCUAUGAUCUCCGUCGCCGUUAAAACGUUCGAUAGUCAACACGCGGAGGCUCUCGUGAGAGAGGUUCAAAUUCUGUCCGAAUUCAAAGGGUGUCCGAGAAUCGUCCAGUGUUACGAGACCAGAGUUGAAGCAAGUCUCAACCAACUAGGUUGCUUGGAGUACAAGAUUCCCUUGGAAUACGCUCCCGGAGGGAGCCUGAGUGGUUUCAUCAACAAAUUCAAAGACCAGAAGCUGCCUGAUCCUCUGAUCAGAGACUUUACACGUAUGCUUCUCCAAGGCUUAGCCACGAUUCACGCACACGGCUACGUUCACUACGACCUCAAGCCGGAGAACAUCCUCGUUUUCCCUAGAUACGCCUACAAGAACGGCGCGUGGAGUUCUUCUUUCGAGUUGAAGAUAUCUGAUUUUGGGCUGACGAGAAGGGAAGGAGACAGUAGCUGGUGGAACCCUAGUCGUCCGUUUGCGGGAACAUCGAUCUACAUGUCCCCGGACUCGGUUUCUUAUGGCGAGACAGGGAAAGAUCUUGACUUGUGGUCGUUGGGGUGCUGUGUGCUUGAGAUGUACACUGGAGAGGGACCUUGGUGUCAUAAGAACUACCAAGUAGAUGAUCUCAUGAUGGGCCAAGAACCAAUGAUUCCGAGUGACCUUCCUUUCGAAGCAAAACUCUUUAUCAUGACUUGCUUCUCGCCAAGGACAAAAGACGCGACAAGAUUGUUGAAGCAUAUCUUCGUGCGUGAAGAAGAAGGGUAUAAGAUCACACAGCCUUCUCCUGUGAAUGAUAACAUAGAAGCAAAAAUAGCGCAACUGGCCAAAUUUGUCAAAAGCAAUGUUCCUAAAACCCAAACCAUUCGUGUUCCUGCUGCUGCUGCUGCUCAAGUCAUGCCUAACAAGACCAUCAUCGCCUAGUUUCCUUCCUGUUCCACUACCUCAUCUCCUUUAA